AGUAAAAAAGAAAAAAAGGGUUUCGAACUAUCUCUACAACGUUUUAUUCUACAACAUGUCGUUCGAUCAUUCCAAUGAUGAUAAGCUCGCUUUCGAGACUUCAGAAAGUGUCAAAGUCGUACCCACUUUCGAUUCCAUUGGUUUAAAAGAGGAUUUACUUCGUGGCAUUUAUGCUUAUAACUUCGAAAAGCCUUCAGCUAUUCAACAAAGAGCCAUUGUUCCCAUCAUCAAGGGACGUGAUGUUAUUGCUCAAGCCCAGUCUGGUACUGGUAAAACCGCCACUUUCUCUAUUUCAACUUUGCAAGCGAUUGAUACCACCAUGAAGGAAACACAAGCAUUAAUUUUAUCGCCAACACGUGAAUUAGCUACACAGAUCCAGAGUGUUGUUUUAGCACUGGGUGAUUACAUGAAUGUGCAAUGUCACGCUUGUAUCGGUGGUACCAGUGUGGGUGAAGAUAUUCGUAAAUUAGAGGCUGGUGUGCAAGUCGUGUCAGGUACACCCGGUCGUGUCUAUGACAUGAUUCGUCGUCGUACCUUACGUACCCGUAACAUUAAAAUGCUUGUACUUGAUGAAGCCGAUGAACUUUUAAACCGUGGUUUCAAGGAUCAAAUUUACGAUGUUUACCGUUAUCUUCCUCCUGGAACUCAAGUCGUCCUUUUAUCCGCUACUCUUCCCAACGAUGUAUUGGAAAUGACCAGUAAUUUCAUGACAGAUCCUAUUCGUAUUCUUGUAAAGCGUGAUGAAUUGACUUUGGAAGGUAUUAAGCAGUUCUUUGUGGCUGUUGAACGCGAAGAAUGGAAAUUCGAUACUUUGUGUGAUCUUUACGAUACCUUGACAAUUACACAGGCUGUCAUCUUUUGUAAUACUAGAAGAAAGGUUGAUUGGUUGACUGAAAAGAUGAGAGAGGCAAACUUUACAGUUUCCGCUAUGCACGGUGAGAUGCCUCAAAAGGAGCGUGAUGCCAUUAUGCAAGAAUUCCGUCAAGGUGCCAGUCGAGUUUUGAUUACUACUGAUGUCUGGGCUCGUGGUAUUGAUGUUCAACAAGUAUCUUUGGUUAUCAACUACGAUUUACCUGUUAACCGUGAAAACUACAUCCAUCGUAUUGGUAGAUCAGGUCGUUUCGGCCGUAAGGGUGUCGCGAUUAACUUUGUAAAGAAUGACGACCUCAAGAUUUUACGUGAUAUCGAGCAAUAUUACAGUACACAGAUUGAUGAGAUGCCCAUGAAUGUGACCGAUUUGAUCUAAACUACAAAAAAAGCAAUAGAAAUCCCUUACAAAAAAAUAAUAAAAUAAUGAUAUUGUAAAAAAAAAAAAAAAA